AUUUUGUGCGCCUUCCUCGUCGUCGCUGCGUCGUCGGGGACGGCAGCCGCGCGCCGCCACGUCCCGCCGGAAGCGGGCCCCGCCGGGGAGCAGAGCAAUUACCUGGCGCCGACGUGCCGGGAGCACACGGCGUCGCUGACGGACUUCGGCGGCGUGGGCGACGGCGCGACGUCCAACACUGCUGCGUUCCAGAAGGCGGUGGCGCACCUGUCGCAGUACUCCGGCGAGGGCGGCGGCGGCAGCAUGCUGUACGUGCCCGCGGGCAAGUGGCUGACGGCGCCAUUCAACCUCACCAGCCACUUCACGCUCUUCCUCCACGCCGACGCCGUCAUCCUCGCCUCCCAGGACAUCACCCAGUGGCCGGUCAUCGAUCCUCUGCCAUCCUACGGAAGGGGCAGGGAUCACGCCGGCGGGCGGUACACGAGCCUCAUCGGCGGCUCGAACCUCACGGACGUGGUGAUCACCGGCAACAACGGCACGAUCGACGGGCAGGGCGCGACGUGGUGGUCCAAGUACAAGUCCGGGAAGCUCAAGUACACCCGGGGUUACCUGAUCGAGCUGAUGCACUCGGACACCAUCUUCAUCUCCAACGUGACGCUGCUCAACUCGCCGGCGUGGAACAUCCACCCGGUGUACAGCCGCAACAUCGUCAUCCAGGGGGUGACCAUCCUGGCGCCGACCAAGUCGCCCAACACGGACGGCAUCAACCCGGACUCGUGCUCGCAGGUCCGGAUCGAGGACUGCUACGUGGUCUCCGGCGACGACUGCGUGGCCAUCAAGAGCGGGUGGGACGAGUACGGCAUCGCCGUGGGGAUGCCGAGCGAGCACAUCGUGGUGCGGCGCCUCACCUGCGUGUCGCCCACGAGCGCGGUGAUCGCGCUCGGCAGCGAGAUGUCCGGCGGGAUCAGCGACGUGAGGGCCGAGGACAUCACGGCGGUGGGCACGGAGUCGGCGGUGCGGAUCAAGACGGCGGUGGGGCGCGGCGCGUACGUGCGGGACGUGUACGCGCGGCGGAUGACGCUGCUCGGGAUGAAGCGGGUGUUCUGGAUGACCGGGGACUACAAGUCGCACCCCGACGACAAGUACGACCCGACGGCGGUGCCGGUGGUGGAGAACAUCAGCUACCAGGACGUGGUGGCGACGGGGGUGUGGAAGGAGGCGGCGAGGAUGGAGGGCAUCCAGGGCGCGCCCUUCAAGGGGAUCUGCAUGGCCAACGUCACCGCCGAGAUGACCAAGGCCAGGAAGGUGUCGUGGAACUGCGCCGACGUCGAGGGCGUGUCGGCGGAUGUCACGCCGGCGCCGUGCGCGCCGCUGCAGGGCGCGCACGGCGGCGCCUGCCCGUUCCCGACCGACACGCUCGCCAUUGACGAGGUCACGGUGCAGCGGUGCUCCUACACCCUCCCUCGUGCACCAGCUGCUGCAGUGCCAGGGACCAACUAGUUUAGCUAGCUAUCUCAACUAUGCAGCUUGUUAUGUAUUGCUGGUUGCUAAAUCCCAAGUACUAAGCUGAGAUAAUCUUCAAACGAAAUACAAGUACAAUAACAAGCUUCAAGCUUAGCUGACAAA